UGGUGCGUGUCGAUCCCGGGCAGUGGCGGCGCGGCGCGCACGAGACGAGGCACGUGAUACGCGAGCGUUGGUAGUGUGAAGGUUCACCCGGUGACGACUGGCGUGUGUAGUGAUAUGGUGUGAGAGUGAUAACGAGAGACGAGGAACGAUGACGUGGAAACGCCGCGAAGGAGACAGGCUAGCAGUCGCGGUGUACGGAUGGCCGGGCUGCGUCCGCCACGGCCUGCCUCUAACCGUCGGCGACACAGUGCACAUUCUGGAGGAGAGUGGCGGCUGGUACCGCGGUUAUACGGCCAGGAACAGACACCAGAGGGGCAUCUUCCCCGCCAGCUAUGUCCGCGUCAAACGCAGCAGGCCGGACAGCGACGGACCCCAGGACCGUCCGCUGCCGGCGGAGGAUGAGGUGGCCACAGAGGUGACACAAGUACUGCGAGAAUGGAGUCACCGCUGGAAACAGCUCUACUUGGAGCGCGACACCCAGGAGGUGUCCUCGCUGUGGAAGGUGAUGCACGAACUGCUCGACUGGCGGCGUCAGCUCAUCACGGGAACGCUCACCCAGGACCAGACCCGCGAGCUGCGGCUCCGAGCCACCGCCAAGGUUGACUGGGGAAACAG